AUGGUUUGCAGCGUUGGAUCGCAAACAACAAGCGGUCUUUCGGUUAUAAACAGAGCCCGCAAUUUUCGCAAAUCUUCGUCUCAAGCUUUUGCAGCAGCAACACUACUUGUCUUGAAUUUCUAUGGAACAACGGCAUUCAUUCCGCCAAAGCAUCGUCUCGGGUCACCAAUAAGUGAAGCAUGUAAUAUCUUGAAAGAGCGGGAAUGGAUUCUGCAUUCAUCAACCGAAGAACGCAGAGCCGUAAAGGCUGAAAUUUCAACGCAGGAGUCAGUCAGCGAAGGGCGCAUUAAUGGAGCAAGCGUUGGCACACACGAGGAAAAUUUGUCAAAUGAGACUGAUGCCGAUCCAGUAUGCCGCAUAGUCGCAGCUUCUGACGGAAAGCUCCCAACUUCGCCUUCCAUGUUACCCACUUAUCUAUCAAAGGAACCGCAUUUGUUGCGCAGGCUGGACGGAAUAUAUCACGCUAUGGCUCAUGAUGAAACUCGACAGCUCAAGUACAUGGCGGAUUCUUUGCAAAACAAAGAAAAAGACCGGAUACUUUAUAGUCUUGGGGAAGAACGAAACUUUGUCUCGGUCACGAGAACGUCUCUUGAAGAUGCUGGUUUUGAGUUGCUGUCGAGACGAGAUUUAGAUUUGUGCGAUGCCCUCAAUGCAGGGUAUCUUUUACGGCUUUCAAUUCUGCCUGAAUUAAGUAGGCUCGACCCAUCCAUAGCAAAAGAUUUCUAUCCUGAAAGAUUCCGACAAGGGAAGGCGUUGGAUCCGGACGAGCUACUAUUUGACGGAAGAGUCCUCGUCUAUUGGCGCGGAUACGACCAAGAAGUGAGCCGUGGGCGAUUACUCCUUCCUAAAAUUGACUACCUCCAAGCAAGCUUGGUACAGCGAUCUGCUGCCUGGGUAAAAGACAAGUUGGAUAGGUUCGAGCGCAUACUUUACUUCAAGUACCUGCGAACCAGCCGUAGGGUUGGUAGCGCGCUUCGAGCACAAAUGGAUUCUGCGGUUGAUAUUGUCCCUAGUAAAAGGUUCUCUACGGUACUUCGCGGUCAGUUUGAGGCUAACUCCACAAGCAUCAAUACCACUGGUAUAGUCAAGGCUGUUUCGCCGGGAAAUAUCAUCAGACUCAACCGAUACGGAGGAUCAAAAAUUAAAUUUGUCGGUUCGCCGGAUCCCACUGCUGCCCUCACACCAUUUGUAUUCUGCGAGCAAAAUGAAGAAUAUUGUGAUCCAUGUCCUCGGUCGCCUCAAAAGUCCUUUCGGACUUUGACUGAGGAUAGACGGGAUCGCAAUGUUGACCAAAGCUUCUUCCAAUGUAACUCACUGUCAGACAGCGGACUCAAAUGCCCCUAUGAUAUUGAACAGAGCCAACAGGGAACAAUCGCUCCACCCUCGCAGUUGCUAAAACGUGUGACCAUAAGCAAUCUUGUCGAUUUCUUCACUAGAAAAGGGCGGCGAAGUCUCCUGAAAACCCUCUUUUCCAAGUCAGAAUUGGUGGAGCCCACGUACAAAGAAGUUUUCGUUGUUUGGCGACCGCUGUCAGACCGACGACCAAAAAUGCCAGCAAUACGACCACCGAAGUUUGCUUAUGAUCUAGCCGAUAUGUUCGAUAUCGAAGGCCUUCUGCCAAAGAAGGAAACUGCUCCAGCGGAAGCCCCGCACCGUGUGGAGAUACGAGCGUUCAGCGACGUUCCAAUGGCCAAUCUCCCUGCUGUUUUGCCGAGCACCAAGCUUGUCUUUCGGCCUGCAGACGCUUUCGUUUUCGAUUUUAUCAGUUUUUUCAGCUUCUUCGUUGUUUUUGGUUCGCUGAAGUUUGAUAACCCGAAACUUGAUCUGCUUGCUGUUUUAUCUGUUUCGCUUUGGUUGUUUCGAACUUUUAUUCGAUACUCAAACAAGCUAGCACGGUAUGACCUGCUCGUCAAAAAGUUUUUAACUUCUAAGAUUACUCAUCGGAAUUCGGGUGCUUUGAAAUACAUUGCAACAGAAGCGGGUUCUCAGCGGGCUACGCGGGCAGCCUUGGUGCAUUCAUGGCUAUCACGUCUGUCACCUGAAGAAUUAUUGGAUGCUACUGUGCUAGCACGAGAGGGGACCAAGGCAGUAAAUAAUUUAGUUAGAGGCGACCGAGAAGUUCGCGUUGAUAUGGACGCCAGUCUGAAUGACUUGGAGGAUCUUGGUUUGAUAUCGCGCCAAGGUGCCAAGGUUGUUGUUGUCACUGACGACUCACAAGUUGUUGGCCAUUUAAAGAGAGCAUGGAAUGAUGUAUUCGACGGGAGGUUAAGUCUGAAAACACUAGUCGGUCGCCGGCACGAGCAGUCGCGACAUGAAAGCAUCGACUAGCUUGUGCACUUUCGUCUUCUUCCCUGAAUGUUUAAACGAAAGGAUUCCUGAGUAGCCAUCUGCCUUUGGCCGCACAUUUGCUCGACGAAAAGCUUCACCAGUAUUGAAAGUGAGGGACAGCGUUAAGGAGAUAGUCAGUGGUACGUACUACCUUCUAGCACCAGUACGCCUUUUCUAGGAAAAAUGAUAUGAAGC